GUUUACAUUAUAAUUUCGUCUGGGAUGCACAUUGCAUACCAAUGAUCAAAGAUUAAUAAUUUUAUUUCGUUUGUGACGUGUAGCUCAUAAAGCAAAGGCAUGGAAAUGAGUGCAGCUAUGUUUGCCCGAGUAUCCUUCUAUCCAACAUUGCUUUAUAAUGUGUUGAUGGAAAAGGCCACCGCACGCAAUUGGUAUGAUCGCAUCGAUGAAAACGUUAUCCUGGGAGCUUUGCCAUUUCGUUCUCAAGCAAAUGAGCUUAUCAAAAAUGAGAACAUGAAAGCCGUUGUCUCCAUGAAUGAAGAUUAUGAAUUAACCGUAUUUUCAAAUAACGCACCCAAAUGGCAACUUUUGGGUGUGGAAUUUCUUCAAUUGGCUACAACUGAUAUAUUUGAGUCACCGUGUCAGGAUAAACUUUUCAAGGGCGUUGAAUUUAUGAACAAAUUUCUUCCCCUUAGUAAGCGCAUAAAGAAUCUAAGCACAACAUCAUCACCGGAGAAUGCGGGAACUGUUUAUGUUCACUGCAAGGCAGGCCGUACACGUAGUGCAACUUUAGUUGGAUGUUAUUUAAUGAUGAAAAAUGGUUGGACUCCCGAAAAAGCUGUGGAGCAUAUGCGUAGCUGUCGACCACACAUCUUGCUGCAUACCAAACAAUGGGAUGCCUUAAGAAUAUUCUACAAACAAAAUAUUGAAAAGUCAUGAUAGCCCAAAAUAGAAAUUUCGUUAAGGUGACCAACUGUUGAACACUACUAUACAUUAUGUUUAGCAACAAUAGAUAGAAAAGCAAUAAUGCAUUUUUUAUGUCAUUGUAAAA